AUGCAGGUCCUGCGCAACGCGCUCUUCCUCGCGUACGGCAACGCCAACUUCACCCGAAGCGCCUUCCUGAAACACGCCAAGUCGUUUGAAGAUGCAGAUAAUCAGGCGGCCACAGCGGGUGUCACUUCGGACGCUCGGCGGCCCGACGAGGCUAGGAAUGCCGAAGCUGAGGUUCGGCAUGGCGGUGCGGCUGCUGCGGAGCCUGUACCAGCGGACGCGCGGGGGCGGCGGGACAUGCAGGGGCGCGUGUGCGUGGUGACGGGGGGGAAUCAGGGCAUUGGUCGCGCCGCUGCUACUGCCAUGGCGCAGAGGGGAGCGACAGUGCACAUAGUGUGUCGCAACGAGGCCAGAGGGGCGGCAGCAGCCACUGAGAUUGCCGCCCAAACAGGAAACGACCAGGUGUUUCUUCAGCUGUGCGACCUCUCCUCGCUCGCUCAAGUGCGCUCCCUGGCUGAUCGCCUAGCGGGACUAGACACGCCCAUCCACGUGCUGGUGAACAACGCUGGAAUUAUGGAGCAUGAAAAGAAGAUGUCGCCUGAUGGGUUUGAGCUCAACUUUGCAGUGAACGUGCUCGGAACUUUUGUUCUGACCGAAGCCCUGCUGCCCCUGCUGCAGCGGGCAGCCCCCGAAGCAAAAGUCAUCACAGUGGCCACGGGGGGGAUUCUCACUCAACCGCUCAGCACCGAUCUGCAAAUGGAAGAAACCAAGUUUGAUGGGACUGAUGCAUACGCUCGCAACAAGCGAGUGCAGGUGGCUCUAACAGAGAAGUGGGCGGAGCUAUAUGGGGUACAGCCGGGAAUAGAGUUCUAUUCCAUGCACCCGGGUUGGGUCGACACGGCCGUCCUUCAAACCAGCAUGCCCGGAUUCUACAACACAUUCAAGUCCUCUCUGAGAAGGCCAGAGGAGGGGGCAGACACCAUAGUGUGGCUGGCGAGUCAACCCAACUCAAAGCUGGUCAACGGGGCCUUCUACUUUGACCGCCAGGUUGCUUCCAAGCACCUUCCUUUUGCGGGCACGGAGUACAAGAGGGAAACAGUGGAUGAGAUCUACACCAAGCUGAAGGAGCUCGCUAAAACAGCAAAAGAAUAG